GCCGGAUGUGAAUAGUACACUUACUAUAUAAGCUUUAAAUGUGAAAUGGCUAUUACACUAUACAUUAAUGAUGAUGUUGUUUUAAUGAACCAACAUUUUGUGCACUUGCUGACGUUUGCUGUGAUAAUCAAUUCUGGUUUAAUAAACAUAUUCAUUUCGCAUUCUAUGUCCCAUUAGUUAUGGACAUCAAUGAAUAUAAAUUAUACAACGAUUUAUCGCUGUUGGGAGAAUUGGCUCAAAAUGACUACGACAAUUAUGUUUUACACGACAUUCUUAACUCAUCCGAAUUCUGUAAUGAUACAUCGCUAGAUCUGAGUGAAUUAAUACCUGACUUUCAAAGAGAACCGUUUGGUUUGCAUUUGUCGUCAAACCCAAUAUCUUUAGAAUUUAGCUCAAAUACAAUGGCUUCGAGUUCCGCUAUUUCUGCUGAAACUAAAAGAAAUAUAAAUGACACUAAUUUUCAAUUGGAGUUUAGUAACAGCAGAAUUCAUAUGCCCAAUGCGUAUCCCGAGAUAAGUUUAAGCAAUUCAAAUGUAAAUGAUACUUCUAACGAAUUAACUGAAGGAGCACCACAUCCACUCAUAGUCGAUUCGGAUAAAACUGAACAGUUUUUUGAACCUACUAAAGUUACGAGCCCCAAAGAAGAAGUCAAAAGCAUAAUAUCCAACCUAUCUGAUAUUAAGAACGAACUUCAGGAAACCUCCCAGGAUUUGGGGUUUACUUUAUAUAACAAGAGGAUUAAUUCAUCUUUAACCAAUAGCUGGCCAUUAAGUAAUGUGUACACAGAUCAUCAGAUAUCAAAAACUGAUUUACCUUUGUCAAAGACAAUAAAAUUAACAUCACAUGAUUACAAACCGCUUAUGCAAACAGUGAAAUGUAACAAAGAUAGGGCCUUUAAAAGAAGUUUUAAUGUCGGGUCUAAGAUUUCUAAUAUUGUAAUUAAGAAAAAAAAUGCAACAUUUAUACAAUCAUUUAAAGAAAGCACGCAAGCACAUACAAUGAAUGAAAAGAUCUACAAAAAACAUCAACGUAUGAUUAAGAACCGGGAGAGUGCUUCCUUAUCACGCAAAAAAAGAAAGGAGUAUGUUGUUUCAUUGGAGACUCGAGUAAAUACACUUGAAAAAGAAUGCGAUGCCCUAAGAGCUGAAAAUAUCACAAUACGGGAUCAGUUAUUUUUGUUUGCCACGUCUUGCCACUGUGAAUUGGGAAAUGCAAAUGGUGUUUUUCCUAAGUAUUCAGUAUCUGAUGGAAAUGAGAGAAAAAAUGAGAGACUUACAUCAAAGGCAAAGCAUUGCAAUAAGAAUAAUACCGCAGCAACCAUAAAAAAAAAUGUCGCUAUAUUAUUUGCUAUGGCUUUUGUGGUAUCUCUGAAUGCUGGAACUUUUCAAAAAUAUGUUAGCAUGCCAAAUAAUAUGGAAGGCAUAAGUGAUAUUGAGCCUAUCGGAAAACAAUUAAGCAUGCCCAGUCGACAUUUACUCUGGGCUGACACAGAGGAGGAAUAUCAAGAAACAAACAAAUUAAAGACAUUUCUUACAGACAAACAGCCUAAUCCACCUCUCUAUUUUUUAAGUUCUGGUAAACGCAACCGCAAUAUAAAUUCUUUAGAAAACAUUACUAAAAAUGUAUCUCAAACUUACUCAUUUAAUGAACCUCCACCAUUAACAUAUUUACCUACACAAACCUGUAUAAACAGGUGCAGGUCCUUCAAUUCUUCUUCCAAUCAAUCUAAAUAUUUCAUGCUCGCUCAAAAUUUACAUAAAUGGAUUAGCGGCACCUUAAACAUGUCUCCAAAAAUUGCAAACGAGAAAGAGGACUUAAAUGGUUUUGACUUAUUGAAUAAUUACUUUGAAGAAAGACGUGACAUACAAAUUAAACACGAAAAGCAAAAAAUGUUUAUUGAUUUAAACGAAUAUACUACGGUUUUACCGGAAAAACAGCGAAAACUAAACAAUACAAAAUCUUUUGAACAAUUGAAUCUAAUAAGUAAAAUUAAGAGAAGAGAUGAUACUUUUUACGUAUUUUCUUUAAAUAUGGAUCAUGCACUACUUCCAGCAUUAACAUACAAUAGUAGUUAUCGGCCAAAAUUGUCGCUGGUACUUCCCUUAGAAAAUCCCGGAAUUAACGGUAAAAUGAAAAUGAUCCAGGUAGACUGUGAGGUAUUUAAUACUAAAGACUUUGAAGUGAGUCAUCAUUUGCUUCCAGAUAAAGUUCGUCAAAAUACCGUUCAACGGAAACCCAACAAGCAAAAUAUAAAAAAAGUUAGUGUUGAAACACCAUUUAACACAAUACGCGAUCAAAACUCGAUGGUACGCAAAACCCCACGGAUGCGUAAUUUUUACAAGGUUGGUUCUAGAAAUCAAGCUACCGUCGCAUCUAGUUUUAAUAAAGAAACACAUCUUAACAACCAAUAACUAUCAGCUUUACCGUGUUGCGCGGCAUAAUACAGUACAGUAGCAUACAGAACCUCGUAGAGUAAAAGCUUUUAGUAGAUUCGUUGUAUGUUUGUAACGUCUGUAUGUCCGUAUUUCGCUACGCCGAAUUUUGAAAAUUUUGUAGAUUGAUUUUUUAUUUCAUUAAAUGUUUUGCAAAUUUCUAUCGAUAUGCCAAACAAAUUUUUUUCACGCACAGUUCAUAAAACCAAGUAAGGUAUAUCUAUGAUAUGAAUCGAGGAAAUCGACUGUACCGUUGUGUUCUUUCCUAAUGUGUUCUUUCUAUCAAUAAAAUAUAUAUGAAAUAUGAAAUAAAAGCUUUAUUAAUCAAAACUGGCUAUGUGAACGUCGAAGUUCUGUAAAGUAGAUGAGCUUCAAAGCACAAAAUUAAAUAGACAAAAUUAAAAUAAGCACAAUAAAACAAAUAAGCGAAUAAUUCAAAAAUUGAAUAAUAAACACCAUUAAAUGUUGUGUUGGACAUUGUGACGCGUUUUUACUUUUUUUUUCAACAUAAAAUCUUUGUAAACUAUUUAAAAAAAAAAAUAUUUGACAUAAUAAUUAAAACUGUCUAUUUGAGCGAAGUAGAUUUGUAAGAUAUGUGAGCUGUAUAGCACAAAAUUGAAAUGUUGAAUAAAUAAAUAAGUAUAACGAAAAUUUAAUACUAAAUAUCUUUAGUCCUUUAAAUUGAUAAGCGUUGCCACUUUUUUAGGGCAACAUGCAAUCUUUGUAAACUGGAUAAAAGCAGUCACAAUAAAGUAGAAAUUGUCGCAUUA